AAAACCACGUGUUGGGAGGUGGCGCGAUGCUCGCCUGCGUGGCACAGGCCAGGGAGGAGAGAUCGACCAGAGUCUGAGCCUCCGGCUCGUAGAAGGAGAAGAUGGAGAACGAGACGCACACAGUGACGUGCUCGGCACCGGUCAACAUCGCCGUCAUCAAGUACUGGGGCAAGCGAGACGAGGAACUGGUGCUGCCUGUCAACUCAUCGCUGAGUGUGACUUUGAACCAAGACCAGCUACGCACGGUGACCACAGUCAGUGUGAGUCGAAAGUUUCAAAAGGACAGAAUUUGGGUUAACAACAGGGAGGAAAGUAUGGAGAACCCAAGGUUGAAGAGACUGCUAGCUGAAGUGAGAAGAUUGACCAAGGAACAGGGGAGCAUGUCUGGAAACGGCACUCGACCGCCGUCACAUGACUGUCACAUGCACAUCUGCUCCGAGAACAAUUUCCCGACGGCAGCUGGGCUAGCAUCCUCGGCAGCUGGCUACGCCUGUCUCGCUUACACUCUAUGCCAACUGUAUCACCUCCAAGUCGAUGUAUCUCUCCUUGCGAGACAGGGCUCAGGCAGUGCAUGCAGGAGCGUGUAUGGCGGGUUUGUCAAGUGGGAGAUGGGGGAGAGAGAGGAUGGGAGUGACAGCAUCGCUGUGCAGGUAGCACCUGAGAGCCACUGGCUGGAACUGGAGGUUCUGAUCCUGGUGGUGAGUAGUGAGAAGAAGGCUGUGAGCAGCACACGAGGCAUGCAGACCACGGUCAAGACCAGCCCUCUCAUGAAGUACCGGUGUGAGACGGUGGUUCCCCAGAGAAUGGAGACCAUGGAGAGAGCCAUUGUGGAACGGGAUUUCCCGUCCUUUGCCAGACUCACCAUGCAAGACAGUAACCAAUUUCACGCCGUGUGUCUCGACAGCUAUCCGCCCAUUCUCUAUCUCAACGACACCUCAAAGAGGGUCAUGCAGCUGGUCACCGCCUACAACAAACUGCACCAAGAAGAGAGGGUGGCCUACACGUUUGACGCUGGACCAAACGCCGUCCUCUACUGUCUCAGAGAAACAAUGUCUGAACUGAUCUCACUGGUGACUCACUACUUUCCUCCAACACCAGGAAAUGAACGGAAUUACAUCAGAGGAAUUUCAUCUGAAGAUUGUCGGACGGACUCUGACUUUACCAAAAAGUUGAAGCUGACCUUUGACCCCACCCCUGGGCUACUGCAAUACAUCAUCCGUACCUCUGUUGGUGACGGCCCACGUCUGCUGACUCAGCCAUUGCUAGGGCUCGACGGACUCCCCCUAGCAACCACCCCUCCCACAUAACACUUCGAAAAAAUACGUCCAUUACAUUUAUUGCGGAAAAUUCCCUCACUAUAGUUGCGAAAAUUGGAAAUUUUUACACCUAGAACAAAAAUUUACAACAGGUAUAUUAACACACACACUAUAAAUCAUGACAUGUUGAAUUGCAUCACAUUUAUACACACUCGUAUUAAAGUUGCGUUUUGCCAAUCAAAUAGUGCAAUAUAAACAACGCAUGUGUCUGUUGCUUGCAAUAAUAAUAAUUAAUUAUCAUUGAUCUGAAAAAGUUUCCCACCGCUAGCUGUAUGAAUGGUAGUGAUGUCAUAGGUGGGCGUGGUCCUCUAUCUUCUGCUCUGGAGUUUGUCCAGCUCGGCAGCGGCUGCAGUUCUGCCUCCGCCCUUUCCCCCGCCCGUCUGCUUCUUGCUCAGUAGACUGUUGAAGAAAUUAGCGAGGACGGUCUCCCCUGUCUGCUUCCCUUCAGCCCCCUCGGUCUUGGCUCCGGUGGCAGCUGAGCCUGGUCUGGUGGGGGUGGUGGUGGUGGGCUUCACUUGAGCUGCGGCACUGGUAGGCUUGGGUCGGAAGAAGAAGAGGGGAGGGUAUACAUUUUGUUUUAUUUGCCGAAUAAUAAUAUACAGAUUUGGGAGCUUAGGAAGGAACACAGAGUGAGGGGGAGGAGGGGAGUAGUCUUGUGAAACACUCCAGCACACACACACACACUUCAGCCCACAAACAUACAUUAAUGCCAUUAGCAGACUCUUAGCACGAUGCGUGAAGAAAGGACACAAUGUGUGUACAUACUACACACCGCAGGGCCAGGAAAAACCUGUGGCAACUAUACGUAUGUGUACGCACGCAACUCCCCCGCUUCUGCCAAACGACGAAAACACUGCCACUUGAGGCACACACAAACACGACGUGUAGGGGGCUAAAUAUCGAACACGUCCCCCUGUCCCUCCCUUCGCUCUCCCUUUCCUGGCCAUCUGGCAGACUGCCUGAUUUAACACUACAUCAAAGGCACACACACACACUGUCAGUUUGUCUUACUGUUCCUCCGCCCGCCUUGGGACUCCGGACCAAGUGAACCUACAUCGUCAGAAGAGAGGGUGCAUUACAUCAUAGUGGAUCAUGUGACAUCAGAUGACGUGUCACGUGACAACUGACCUGUAGGGCAAGGAGGUAGACUUGGUCGUCUUCAGCCAUUGUGGGACGUGCCUCUGUAUCAGUUGACGAGGUCUUUGGUGGGAUUAUCACAGAUUGGUAGGGGUCUCCCGGUCGAAUUCCCUUCAUGUGGUCGUACAGGAUGCUGAUUUUCUUUUGUGUGUCCCAACCUGAGGGG